UUGCAUAAACAAAGCUUAAACCAUUUUGUCAAAUUUUGCAUAAACAUUUGCGAGCACAAAAAUAACAAGAAUUAAAAUUUAUUACUCUCCAUUCUUGACAUGCUAAAAUUUAUAACAAAUAGAAAAACAAAUAUUUUGUCGUAUUUUAGUGAAAUGUUUCAAUAUUCUUCAAAUACGUUACUAAAAAGAAUAUUAAAUGUAAACAAACGGUAUUUUAUAUGUGUAUAUUAAGGAAAUAAAUAUACCAGUUGUAAUUUACAUAAAAAUGAGAAUAAUAGACGCACAUAUUUCGUCGAUUUUAUUCCCUACUUUUGAGAUGAGAAAUAAAGACUUUAUUAUUUUAUUAAUAACAUUUAUAAAUAUACUUAUUUUAACUGAAGGGAAUUAUUUAAAUAUUAAUUUACCUAAGAAUCACCUUCAGUAUUAUUUCAACUUUUUUCCUGCGGAGGCGAAAAAGUGUCUGGAUGAUGCAUCAUGUCCAUACAAGGAUAAAUUAAAUACCAAAGAUUGUUGGGGAUAUGAAGCAUCUUGUGAAUCUGAAAAUUCCUUCUCCAUUCCGCAUUGCCCUGGCGAACAUAAAGGAUGGGUUGCUACUAAAAAUGCUCAACUAGAAACAUUUUAUGCUCAAGGAGAUUUUGGUUACGUGAGAGAUCAAAGACGUGAAAUGAUGAUUUUCUGUGAACCCCUUUUCAUGGAUGACUCUUCACUAGAGUGUACAGAGCAUAUGCGAUUUUGUAGAGGUCGAAAUAUUAUGAUAAAUUUUACGGAUUUGAUGCACAGAAAAGAUCCUAUUAGAUAUAAAAUGGAUGUUUUAAAAGAAGGACAAAUUGGUGGUUACUGCAAAUUGAAUUGGAAGAGAUUAGAAGAAAAUGCAGAUCACAUUAGUCCUCUACAAUCUUGGGGACCUGAAAUACAAAAUUUUCGAAGUUUACCUCGUAGACCAAUUAUCGAAGGAGAUUGUGAUGUAGUUGUAGAAAAACCUACUUAUAUAAUGAAAAUUGAUGCUACAGUGAACAUGUAUCAUCACUUUUGCGAUUUCUUCAAUCUGUACGUAUCGCUACAUGUAAAUCAAACACAUCCAGCAGCAUUUACGCGAGAUAAUCAUAUUUUGAUAUGGGAGAGUUAUACUUAUCGUUCGACAUUUCAAGACGCAUUUAAAGCAUUUACAAAAAAUCCUCUUUGGGAUUUAAAGACAUUCAAAGGAGAAACUGUUUGCUUCAAAAAUGUAGUUUUUCCUCUACUGCCGAGAAUGAUUUUUGGAUUGUAUUAUAAUACUCCUCUUAUUUACGGUUGUGAAAAAAGUGGCCUUUUUAAAGCUUUCGCAGAUCACGUAAUGCAUCAUUUACAUGUUGAUUUGCAAGAAAGGCAGGACGCAAAAUUACGUGUCACUUUACUUUCUAGAGAUACUCAAUAUAGGAGAAUUUUAAAUGAAGAUGAUUUGAUAAGAGCUUUAAAGCAAAAUCCAAAUUAUGAAGUACAAAAGGUUGUGUACAACAAAAAUUUACCUUUCACAUCGCAAUUAGAACUUUCGAGAAAUUCUGAUAUUUUUAUUGGAAUUCAUGGUGCUGGUUUAACACAUCUUUUAUUUUUGCCAGAUUGGGCAUCUGUCUUCGAAUUAUAUAAUUGCGAAGACUCGAGUUGUUAUAAAGAUUUAGCUCGUCUACGAGGCGUGAAAUAUUUCACGUGGACAAAUUUAGAGAAAUUAAUUCAAGAAGAUCCGGGUACUCAUCCAAAUGGAGGUGCUCAUGCAAAAUUUACGAACUACAGUUUCGACGUCAAAGAGUUUUUACGAAUAGUUUCUCUCGCUGAGAAGCAUGUAAGAAAUCACAAGGGUUUCCAAGAAUUUAUUAAGAAAAAUCUUUAUAUAGGUGAGAAAGAAACAAUAUCCAAAGAUGAACUUUAAUAUACAUUUGUAUAGAAGAAGAUAAAACGAAUUUAUUUUAAAUUCACUUUUUCAAUAGGAAAAUGUGUUUACAAACUCCGAUCUUAAACUUUGUGAUAUCAGUUUUUAUUAAAUUAAAUUUUUUAAGAACGCAAUGUGUCAAAUGAUUUUUGUCUUCGUAUUUGACACUUUGCGUUGCAUUGUAACAUUAUUCCGUGAACAAAACGUGUUACCGUUCUAUACUGGUUUUUUAAAACUAUAAGUGAAAUUAAUUUGUAACAGUAUUGUCGUAUAAAUAAAUUUAUAUUUAUUUUUAAAAACA